GUCCGGUUACCGCGCGGCGUCUGUUACCGUCGUCGUUCGCCACCGCUGUCACAAUAGUCUACCGUCGUCGUUUUCGCCGCAUUCUCCGUGUCGUCAUGUCGUGGUCGUCGACGCCGUCGUUCGACGGUCGAGCGUCGCCGAGAUAAGCACUCCUCAUAUCGUUUGUGCCGGACAGGACGGYGAUGCUGUCGCGCGAUUCGUUCCGCGUGGACCGCAACCGGCGCGACGGGCCGCCGAUCGCCGAACGCGCGGUGGCCCUUCUGUCGGUGCGCGUGUACGACAGGCCUGACAUGGACGUGCCCAACUAUUACCCGGGCAGGCCGUGCUCGUCGGCUGGYCGUCUCGCCGCGUCCUGUUCGUCCGCGUCCGCGUCGUCGGCAACCGGGCCGAGGCGAAACGCGGCCCACGUGCACAGGAGGGCGUGCGCCCGACGGGGUGCCAUGCGAAGGGCGUACUCUACGCCACCGUCCAAACAAAAUCUCGACAAAGCUGGAGAUUUGUUGGAAGAAGCGGGCCAAUGUAGCAAUGGCACCAGUCUAAAAGAUCUAGCCAAAUCCCUAAAGCAGCAUUUAAGAGGUUUUAGUGAUCGACUUGAAGAAACUCGUGAAAGACUCGAAGACACAUCACGCUGUUUUUACCUACUCGAUAAGGCUUACGAUUGGGCUUUGGAAUGUAUGAAGUACAUAUCCGAAAAGCACGACACACGUAACAUUAAAGAACUGCGAAGAUACUUAAUGGCACAUCCAUCUCCUACUGCUCAACACUUCACGGAGAUGAUGAUGUUGGCCAACAAGCUCAACAAUGAUAAACUAAUCAAACAGUGCAAGGUUGCCAUGGUAAGAUGCGAAGAGACCAACGAUCAACUGAAGCACCUGUUGGGACCGGAAACAUUCCCGACUAGCACUCCCCUGCCACCUAGAAGGACGUCCGCACCGGAGCAACAUGCAACAAAUGGUAACACGACAGCGGACAACCAUCAUUGUGGCUGGGUUGGCGCUACGGAAGAAAACUUUUAUUGCGAGACAGACCGGCUCGCGCUCAGUCAUAUCCCGUCCGCCAAUUGGACUUACAAUGAUGAAGAGGACGAGGAAAAACUGAGCUGCUCUCACACGACUGAAGGGAGUGAUGAAAAUAAGAGUAAUGAAGAGAGUGAUGACACUAAUUGCGCCGAUCUCGGUUGCAGCAAAAAUCAAAGUAUGCCGCCCUUAUCCGUCAACAGUCAUCUGCACUACAUGUCCAACCUACAGUUGAACAUGGAUUGUGGAACGCAGACGCUAAAGUUGCAAAAGACCGUUAAGCUUAUCAUGAGAGAAAUGAUACAGACCGAACGGGAUUACGUCAAGUCUCUGGAAUACGUCAUCGAAAACUACGUCCCUAUGUUGCUCAACGAAGACAUACCGCAAGCCCUGCGAGGUCAACGCAACGUCAUUUUCGGCAACAUUGAAAAGAUCUACGAGUUUCACAGCCAACACUUCCUCAAGGAGUUGGAGAGACACGAGAACUGUCCUUUACAAGUUGGAGAAUCUUUUCUAAAACACGAAAAAAAAUUUUACUUGUACGCGCUAUACAACAAGAACAAACCGAAUUCGGAUUCGCUGAUGUCUGAGUAUGGUUCUGCAUUCUUUAAGGCAAAACAAAUAGAACUUCGCGACCGAAUGGACUUGGCCAGUUACUUGUUGAAGCCCGUGCAGAGGAUGGGCAAAUAUGCGCUUCUGUUGCAGCAGCUCAUGAAGAUGGCCAAAGGUGACACUGAACACCUCCGGUUGGCCGAGAGCAUGGUCAGGUUCCAGUUGAGGCACGGCAACGAUCUGCUGGCCAUGGACUCGCUCCGGGAGUGCGACGUCAACCUGAAGGAGCAGGGCCGACUUUUGCGACAGAACGAGUUCCUCGUGUGGCAGGGCAAAGGCAAGAAGUGCCUGCGACAAGUAUUCCUGUUCGAGGAGCUCAUACUGUUCAGCAAGGCGAGACGAUUCCCCGACCAAACGAAUCUGGACUUGUACGUGUACAAGAACAGUAUAAAAACAAGUGACAUCGGGUUCACCGCCAAAGUCGGCGACAGUAACACCAAAUUCGAAAUAUGGUUCCGGAAACGCAAGCCGGGCGACACCUACACGUUGGUGUCCAUGUCAGAGGACAUCAAACAGGCGUGGACCGACGAGUUGUCAAAUUUACUGUGGAAACAGGCGCUACGAAAUAGAGAGAUUAGGCUGGCGGAAAUGUCUUCUAUGGGAAUUGGCAACAAGCCCUGUUUGGACAUCCGGCCGAGUGCGGAUCAAAUAAACGAUCGAUCCAUCACGUUCGCGCAGCUCAGUAAAACUGCCCCAAGGUUCCGGAACUCAAUAGUGGCUUUGCCCUCGGACCUGGAAUCGAUCGCCAAGCGGCCGCACUCGAUCAUAUCGGUGAGCAGCAGCAGCGCGAGCAGCAGUAACAGCAGCAGUGGCAGCAGCAGCAGCAGCGGCGCCAGCUGUCGGAGUAGCGAGGGYGCCCGGCAGACCAGUCAGUGCUCCAGCCAGUCUACCGAGAGCGGUAUAGUGGCUGACUGGUACAGCCGGAACAGUCAUUCGGGCAGCGUCGCCUCGGACACGCUGUCGUCUCCACCCGCGGCAAACAAUAACAACAAUAACAACAACAGCGGCAAAGGCUCCUCGCCCAAGUCUGCUACCACUGUCACCGCGUCGGACCCGACCGCCGCCACCACGCGGCUAUCGGUCAAACUGUAGGCGCCGAUGACUACGUAAUAUACAUUAUAUCAUAUGCCGUUGCCGCCGCCGACCAGUCUACGCAGACAAACAGACAUACACUUACUAUAUUAUUAUUAUAAUUAUAUGUGCAAACAAUAUUAUUAUUAUGUCGACCUUUAAUAUUUUUGUUGUCAACACGAUAAUAUUAUCACAUAAUAUAAUGUUAUCAUAGGUAGGUUUUUUUGUAUCGUAUUCCCAAAGGAAAUCAAUAGUUACCGGAUCAAUCCACAUAAUUUUUUUUUCGUCUUCGCCUAUUCUCGUGGACGCUCUGCGAGGAACUCCGUUGUUAUUAUUUUUAUUUUAGUUUUUUAUCUUUAACAAAAAACGAUUUGAAUUCUAUAAUAUUAUUAUUAUUAUUAUUCAUGAUGAUGAUGAUAUAGUCUAGUUAUUAUAUUUACACGUAGAUACACGUACCUUUUUGUUUAAGGUUUAUUUAAGAUAAAUAUUUAUUGUUAUUAUUAUUAUUUUUUAUUAUUAUUAUUAUUAUAAUUAUUAAUUACAAUAAUUAAUGUAACCAGUACGAGCGUAUCGAACUACAAGAAAUGUUUUCGGUUUGGUACGUUCCGUGUGCUGUAAUAGUUAUAUUUKAUGUGUUGAGAGAUAAUCUAGACCACGGCGCCUAAUAUUAUUAUUAUUAUUAUAUUUCUAUUAGAUAUAUAUCUAUAUGUUUAUACGUAUAGCAUAAAAUAUAAUACGUAUAAAUGUAUAGAUAUAUAUGUAUACUCAAAAAUAGAUCUCCUUCGACUUUCUUACUUAAAUCUAUCCUCAGAGAAUAAACAAUAAUGUGUCAAUGUGUGUUUUACUUAACAUUUCAAAUUAUUAUUAUUAUUAUAAUUAUUAUUACAUCAUAAUUUUUGCUCAAAUUUAACACAAAUCUUAAUAAUGAAUGUCUCGAUUUUUCAAACAGUUUUAAAAAUAGAAUGUAAUUUGCAUGCAUGUAUGUUUAAUUAUAUAUAUAUUAUGAACAAUUAGUAGCAUAUUUAGACUAUUUAARACUUUAAAUUAGAUUGUUUUAAAUAUAAACUGUUGUUAAAAAAAAAAAUUCUGAUGAGRAAGGUAUUUCGGCACUCGAUUGAUAUUAAYUUWAAAAAAAUGUUAAAUAAAGUUUAUGAUCUAUUAGAUCAUCUAACUGAAACGKUGAAGCCUGUAAUYCUAUCAUUAUAAAUUHGACGUCCUCUAAAUAUAUWACAGUUUAUGUAUAAAAUAUUUUCAUUUAAGGUAUAUGAAUGUUUGUUGUGCAUUUCUUUUUUUAGUUUUGUAUAUAUUAAACUAUCAUAUGAUAGUAAUAUAUCUAUGUAGUACCUAUCUAUUUAAGAA